UGGUGGUGAGGAGUCACUAAGCUCCGCUGAGCUUUAGGAAAGGGAGACUGACUCCUGUGCUUAGCCUCUAAAGUUUUCGGAUACAUUUAGCCCAUCCAAAGAUGGACUAAACAGCACAUUAGACCUGGUGUCUUUGUUAUGGGACGUUAAGGAGGCCACAGUAAGAAAGGAGAAGGAAUUUGGAGAAUUCAUCACUUUACAGGCUCUUCCUGGAAGAAGAGGGAGAUGGGGGCUGGAGCAAUAACCAUCUGUCACAACAAGGCAGCUGUUCAGAUAAAGGAGGACAUGAAGAGGAUGGUGCAGCUGCCCAUGAUCAAACCCUCUCCAGCCACUGCCAUGGGGAGGAAGAAGAUCUUCGGCGUGUCCCUGCUGGAGUUGAGAGAUCUGGGACUGGUCGAGGACGGGGUUCCUGUGGUGGUCCGGAGUAUGGUGGAGUAUCUGGAAAAGCAUGGUCUUCGUCUGGAGGGUCUGUUCAGAGUAAACGGCAGCGUCCGGACUGUGGAUAACCUGCGGCAGAGGUUUGAUGGAGGAGAAGAGGUGGAUCUGCAUCAGGAUUCAGACCCCUGUGCUGUGGCCAGUUUACUGAAACAGUUCUUCAGGGAUCUGCCUGAAGGUCUCAUCCAUCCCUCCAUCCACUGUCCUCUCAUUCAGCUGUACCAGGAAUCCAGUGAGGGUGACUUCUGUAAGGACCUGCACGAGCUCCUACUCCAGCUGCCAGAUAUCCACUACAGUCUCCUGCAUUACUUAUGUCACUUCCUGUCCCAGGUGGAACAGGAACAUGCUCAUAACCGCAUGACCGCCACCAACCUGGCCACGGUGUUUGGGCCCAACGUCUUCCAUGUGUCAUCUGGUUUUGAUGGUAUACGGGAGCAGAAUAUCUGUAACAACAUUAUGGCCAAGCUGAUCCAGAACUACAGCGCUAUCUUUGAGCCUGUGGUGGAGAGAAGACUAAUCGAAGAAGAACCUUCAAACCUCAUCAAGGUAAAAGAGGCCAACACAAACACUGAAAACACAGAGACUUCAACUUUCAAUCCUGCUCCGAAGGCACACGCUCCACGUGUCAAAAAGAUGAAGGUCACACAGUGCACGCCAGUUGAAAAUUCAGAUUCCCCUUUACCAACACCAAGAAAAAUGAAGGUCACUCAAUGCACUCCAGUUGAGAAUACAGACAAGUCUAGAGAAAGUGAGUCUAGUCCAGACAAUCCUAUACCAACACCGAGAAAAAAGAAGGUGAAGAAGAUAAAGACAGAGGCUGUGCCGAGAUCUUUUCCUCAGCCUGCUCCCUCCAGUGAUCCCGUUUCCAGGCCUUUGACCCAUCUUCCAGACAGAAGCCCGGGUGCUAGAGCUCCGUUUCCUCCACUCUCUCCAGAACGGAGCAUCAGCUCCAGCGCUGACGGCAUGAACCUGAGCCCUCGGACCGCAAGCCCCGCCAGAUCCACAGAGACCUUCAACAGAUUGCAAGAAGAAGAAAGACCAAUAUCUCCUUUCUAUAUUAGUUCACAGAUCUCUCCCGGACACUGCAGACCUGAAUUAACAAAUUUUCUGGAGAAGACCAUUCGCUCAGCGGUCGAGCAACACCUCUUCAACUCGCACAUUCACACAGGUCAGAGUUCAGAGGGCUUGGGGUUGACUGCCCACUCUUCAUCUCCUGUGACGACGGCCCGAGAGAGGAGGAGACAUCUACGAGAACAAGAGGAGAACUUCAGGGUCGAGGGUGAUAAAGAGAACGUCCCGUCUCUGGGUGUGAGGGUCACAGAGGAGGGUGACAGGCGUCUGCUGCUGUUGCCACACGAGGCUCAGAGAAACAGGAUGCCCAAACACAGUCCCACACUAACUGAGCACUCAGACAACCAGGACGCCCCCACCCCAAUGGAAUGCCAAGGACCUGAUAGAAAUUGCACGGGAAAUACGGCAUCAGCUGAAUACAGGAGGAACCAUCAAAAGGACAAUAGCUUGCAUUCUGUUCAGACGCCUGCCAUGAAGAUCCAGGAGGCUCUUAGUGCCGCAGAGCCGUGUGACGAUGUCCCCCGACUGGACCUGUCUACUCUGACAGACAACAGUAACUGGGCAGAACCAGUCCCGGCCUACUCGUCAUGGCAAAGGGAGAGUAUGGAUCGCGAAGAAGCUCAUCUGUCACCUCACGCCGGUGGCAAGCUGAUUCGCCAGCUCCUGGAGGAGGACAGCGACCCAAUGGUCUCACCGCGAUUCUACGCUUAUGGAGAUGGCCAGCAGUAUCUGGAUGACACUGAAGUUCCUCCAUCUCCACCCAAUGCCCACUCCUUUGUCAGUAGGCGAAGAAGUUCAUCAUUAGGCUCCUGUGACGAUGACCGGGAGGAGCUCACUUCAGCUCAGCUUUCAAAGCGAAUCCACAUACUCAAGAAGAAGAUCAGGAGGUUUGAGGAGAAGUUUGAGGAAGAGCAUAAAUACAGGCCUUCACAUGGCGACAAAGCCACCAAUCCAGAGGUUUUGCGUUGGAUGACUGAACUGGCCAAGAUGCGCAAAGAUUUAAAAGAUCACAAGUUGCUAAAGUCAGAAGAGGAUUUGACGCCCAUUCCCCGCCAGCGCAGCAACACUCUUCCCAAGAGCUUUGGAUCUCAGCUGGAGAAGAAACCCACUGAGACCAAAGCCCCCAAACCUCCUGUGGAGAGCACGCUUGAGGCAGUCAUGAACAAACUGCAGGAGAAACGCAAGGAGGCUGGCCGACCUGAAGACAUUAAGGACAUGACCCGUGAGCAGAUAGGAGCAGAAAAAGUGGCCCUUCAGAAAGCUCUAUUAUAUUAUGAGAGCAUCCAUGGGAGACCAAUCACCAAGAAUGAGAGGCAAGGCAUGAAGCCUCUAUACGAUCGGUACCGACUCAUCAAACAGAUCCUCUGCAGAGCAUCUGCUAUUCCAGUCAUUGGCUCGCCUUCCAGCAAGCGCAGAGGCCCCCUGCUGCAGCCCAUUAUCGAGGGUGUACCGGCCCUAUUCUUCAGCGACACCAAGGAGGAGGAGGAUGGCUCGGACGAUGACAACGACACCAGGACAGAGUUCACGGUCACGGUUAAGCCGGAGCUGAGCAUGCUGGGACUUCUCGACCAGCUGGAUGAGGACACAGAUGGUUUCAUCUCACCUCUUGAUGAACUCUCACCAUCCAAGAACACCACUGACAUGAGAUUGUCCAAUUUGCAUGCUGCGCCCAUGCAGGAACUCGUAGAGCAACUCCAGGAAGCCCGUGAAGAAAAGAAAAGAAUCCGCAAAAACCUCCGUGAUUUUGAGGAUCAGUUCUUCAAACAGAACGGCAGAAACGUUCAAAAGGAGGAUCGCUCACCCAUGGCUGGAGAAUACAAUGAAUACAAGCACAUUAAAGCCAAGCUACGGCUAUUGGAGGUGCUCAUCAGUAAAAGAGACUCCUAAGUUCAUCUAGUGCUCAGCUGGGAUUUACUCUACUAGCCAAACAAGGACCAGCAACUGCUAUCCAAAGCAAUAAACUGUGUACAAAGACAUGUUCCUCUUUGUUAUUGACUAAUUACAGGCACAUUUGGCUUUUAAGGAUGUCAAGACUUACGUGGUUCACCAGAACUACAGUGCUGUUUGUUCCACUGUACAGCAAAAAGGAUUUGUGUUCUGCUUUGGACUUGCGUUUGUUUCUUGUUUUUUUGCUUCUGCUAUGAGACCAUGGAUUUCAGAAUACAAUCAGAUUACUUGUGAAUCUCUGAUCUUAAUUCCCUGUUUCUGUUAUAUUUUGUGUUGUAUUAUACAACAGUUCGUAUAGAUUUGAGCUUUUUUUCGAUAUAUUUAAUAUUGCUGUCAUAUAGAAACAACUGUGUUUUCGCAAUCAGACAUAAGCUUUGAAGAACAUUGAGAUAAUGCUUCUUAAAUCAUCGGUGGAUAUACUUAGAGAUAAGGAGAGUUUAUCAUUAUAGGAACUUUUCGUAUUUGAAGAAGAUAACCGAUUUGUGGAAGGAAGGCUCUCCGUAUAUUAUUUUUCGUUAUUUACUGGUGCCAUAAUUCUUUAUUUUGAACAUUAAUGCUUCUGAGAAAAUGUAUUAUUUGUACAUGUUCAUCCUCAAUGAAAUAUAUUUCUCCCCCUAUUAAGACCAUUUACUAAGCUAGAGUUUAUAUUACAAAAGAAA